AUGUCUCGCGCCUCCAGCUGGGAGAUGAGGCUCCGGGGUAAGCUCGCUGCUGGAGACUAUAAGCACAGAGGUAACAGGCUGUCCAAGCGAGUUCACAUGCACUACAUCGGAAACCCAACUUGGCAAGUCUUGCCAUCUGGGGAAUUCCAGAUGCACCCUGCGGAGCUACUCCUGGAAUCCGAUAAUCCACCCCCUCCAUCAAUUUUCCUGGAUGAGGUUGAACCAGUUGAACUAUACGACGGACAGUUUGUCUUCUUUCUUCUCUUCAAAGAUAAAGUCGCCGGGGUUAAGGUCCAGACGGGCCUUGUGUUACGUCUGGUGGAAGAUGAGCAACGAUUUCGCAGGAUUGGUGAUUUUGAUGGCUCAAAUCCGAAGGUGCAGGAAACUUUUGAUGCAGUUGAGCCUACCGAGGUCAUCUUGGUGUGA